AUGCGUGUACCACGAAAACCUACCAGCUUGCUCGAAUACGGCGUAGCGCUAGAGCUUAUUCAAGAGAUAAUUGACGACCAACAGCGACGACAGGAACUCCUUGCAACUCGGGGUGACAUUGCUCAAGAAUGGCUCGACCUAUUCCAACUACUUACUGAAUAUCCAAAUAUUUCAACGGAUUUACGAUCCUGCAUAUUCAACUUAAUGAUCCGUCUCUCUAGAAAAUCUGGUCUACACCCACAAUGCCUUACGAUUCGGGGUGUAGAGAAACAGGGGAGUUCUCCCGUUGGAGGAGGUGCAUUCGGCGAUGUCUGGAAAGGGAGGAUUGGGCAGCAACUUGUGUGUUUGAAAGUGUUAAGGGCAUUCGAGACGUCCGAUGUGAAGCAGAUUCUCAAGGAUUACAUGCAAGAAGCAAUCAUCUGGCGUCAGCUGAACCAUCAAAACCUCUUGCCCUUCAUUGGAAUCUACUAUCUGGACGUCGACCAGAAACAGCUGUGCUUGGUGUCGCCUUGGAUGGAGCAAGGGGAUCUUGUCCGGUUCUUGAAGAAUACUUCUCCAGAUGUAGUUGAUCAUGAUUCACUGGCAUAUGAUGUUGCCUGUGGUCUCUCAUACUUGCAUGCAGAGAAAAUUGUCCAUGGUGACCUCAAAGGAGUCAACAUAUUGAUUACUCCUGAUCAACGAGCGUGCAUUGGAGAUUUCGGACUGUCGCGCGUGUCUACCACCCAACUGUUACUUUCAGAGACAAGUCGUUCAAAGGGAACAACACGGUGGCUUUCGCCCGAGUUAUUGAAGCCUGAACCAAAUUGCGUCCUUCAAGGGAAAGUGACGUCUAUGCUUUUGCUUGCGUGUGUUAUGAAAUUUUUACGGGUCGGAUACCCUUCUAUGAUCUGGCAGAGGCAGCAAUUGUUCUUGCCAUCUACGUCGAGAAACGACGUCCUUUGCGUCCUGAGAAUUGUGCGAAGUUGCGGGAUUCAAUGUGGGAUAUAA